GUUGUUGUUUGGUUUGGUUAGUUUUAGUUGGUUAGUUGGAAUCUCAGGACGGCGGACUACGGAGAAACGGUAAACGGUAAUCGCGUUGUCCGGCAAAAAAGAAACACGCGCGCGCGUACUCUUCUUUCACUUUUUUUUUCUCUCAGUGCAAAUGCAGGUCAGCAAAAGCUUCUCGAGCCUGAAUAAAAGAGAGUUGGUGAGAGAAGCAGUGAGAGAGAGCGAGAAAGUCGAAUGUAAGAGAGACUGGUGCAUUAUUAUGUGAGUGAGUGAAAGCGCGAAACAAGGAGGAUCUGCAGAAAAACAACAACAAGAAGAAGUGAGCAGGGACAAAAAAGAGCUUUGGUGGAAAACUAGUGAAAAGUAGUGGCAACAUUAACUACAUGAACAUUCGUGUACACAUACACACACACACACAUGAUCGCCGGGCUAUAACUAUUAACCGUUGAAUGUUAAAAAAGUUAUAUUGCGCUUAGACUAGUAACAUUUGAAAUGCAAAUGUCGACAGCUCGCAGCAUCUGUAACAAAACGAAGAAGAACAACAACAACGAACAGAAGAGCAACAAUAGCAGGAGAAUCCGCCAUUGAAGAAGCACUCGGAAGAAUCGUCAGCUAGAGAAGAGACAAUAUCAGCACUGUGCCUUCUCAGCAAAAUCGGGAAAUUAAGAAAACCUGCUGACAAAACACAUUUCUCAAAUGGAGACUAAGAAUCCGCCGCCGGUGACAAGUAGCUAUCACCACCAGCGGGCGCCGCGCACACCAGAGUCGUACUUCAAUGUUCCGGAGUCGGUGGCUCUGUUGAACAUCGUCAAGUCAGAACGCAUUCAAAGUGCCUUUCAGUCGAACCGGAAGAACCAUGCCAGCGUUUGGGAGAUGGUCGCCGAGGUGCUUAAUCGAUUUAGUGCCCGAAAGCGGACGGCAAAGCAGUGCUGCAAUCGGUACGAGAAUCUCAAGAAGAUCUACACUCAACUAAAGAAGAACCCAGAACGUCAUGUGCGCCGAAAUUGGCCGUACAUGUUCCUCUUCAAGGAGAUCGAGGAGCAGCGCGGCGAGUGCUGGGGAUCAAAUGGCAAGCGCCUAGCUCUCAUCUCUAAGAACCACAACGAGCUAUCCUACUACCAGCGCCGGCGGCAAGCUGCCGAACUGGGAGUGCUGCUCAACAAGGACAAUCUCACCCCGCACCAGCACAGCCUAUUGCAGAGCCUCAGUCAGAGUCAGAAUCACUCGCACGCCCACUCCACAGACUCCUCGCAAAGCGGUUGCAAGCUGGAACGCUUCCUGCCCAAUCACUUUGUAGAGGCACAGCUGAACGAGGCGAACUGCUCGGUCGGUGGGUCCGGAUCUGGCGUAACCGGUGGUGUAACUGGCCUUUCCGGUGGCGUCUUCGACGAGAAUCCACUCCAAAUGCAGGUGGUGCAAGCAGCCGCCGCUGCCGCCGCCGUGGCUGCACAUAAACGACAUGAGCUCCAAAUGGCCAGUGUCAGUAGUGUUCAGAUGGCGCCCGAGGACGAAGAUGAGGACGAGCCCCAGCAAACAGCAUUUAAAAACCAUAUCCAUGGCCUGAGUCAUAACCACGCCCUAGGCUUGUCCCACAAUCCAAUGGAUGAUCCAAGCGAGGCACCCGACUUCGAAAAGGAUUGCAAUGGAGCGCUUAACAUGCACCACCAGAACAACAACCACCAUGACAAUAACAUAUCCAUGAAGUCGGAGCCACUUUCUGAGGGCGAGUUCAAUCCGGACGACAUCCAGCUGAUGCAGACAAACUAUAAUGGGUCACAAAACUUCUAUUCGCCGGGCCUUGAUCCAAAUAUUCUGCACCCAGACGUGAUCGUCGACACGGACAACUUAUCCGACUGUUCCUCGUCCACCACGCUGAAGAAGAAACGCAAGAUGUCCACCUCCACCGAUGGCGAUAGCACCAACUAUGAGCUGAUUGAGUAUUUGAAGAGACGCGAGAAGCGCGAUGAGGAGUUUCUCAAGCGGAUGGAUGCACGAGAGGACCGGUUAAUGAAUCUUCUGGAGCGAACGGUGGUGGCCAUUGAAACGCUGGCCGUAAGACGGCCAACGGCAGCUAGUCCCUUUUCUCCGCCACCAGAAGCUCAAUUCGUAGCCCCACCAUCAUCGCAAAUCAAUUCCGCGGAUCAACCCACCGGUUCGGAACGCAAUGGUAUUCUGUCAGCAGCCAGCAGCAACAGCAGUUCCAUUCCCGUAGGGGAUAAGAGCUGCGCCAUUGACGUGCCUGAUGAUGGUGACGAUCCUAAGAGCAAGAACAAGGCCGACGUCGCUCAAAAAACUGGAGAAGAAGACCGACAUGAUUCUAGGCAGACGUAGAAUACAACACAACCCACUACUUAAACAUAAAGUCGCUCAUUAGUUCUACUUAAGACUUCUACCUAUAAUCCCUCCCUACCACCACUCCUGCCUGGAUGGCGGAAGAGGACACUCAGUGCCAAAGAAGAGCCAAGUCUCGAAUUUUUAUUGAGAUUGCCAUUUUUACUUAGAGAGCCUAAUGACAAUGCUUAGCGGACAAUAGAAACUUAAUGAAACGUUAAGCACCGCAAUUUUUGUUGCAGCAUUACCUUUAAUUCUUUAAAUUAGCUUUUAGUUAGCCGGAAUCCCACCUACGGAUGCCAAAUGAAUCUCAACACAGCAGGAUUCACACCGCUACGAUAAUCUAGUUCGAGCUGUAACGGGGCUCAAAUGCAUUUGUGCGAUAACUUAAGCACAAUCAUUUCUUUUUUUUUUCUUAAUCUAGAUGAAUAGAUGUACGAUUAAAAAAAACAAGCGUGGUUUAUUUUACAGAGGGUUAAACUUAAAACUAAAUGUAAGCGUGCUCUGGUCUUUACUUUGUCACUCUCUAACCAAUUAGAUGAACAUCAAGGUGAAAUUGUUUGAGAAAUACAGUGGACGCCUUUUAACUACCGUAAAA